CCCUAACUCGACUGCACGUGCCAAGAAAAUAGAGACAAAGCGCGCCGUUUGAUAGCGAAGCUUCUGGGAACUGCGAUUCUCUAAUCUUCUCUCUUCGUUAAACCAAUUUUUUAGAAAAUGAAAAUUGAAGUUUUUAGUUGUCACUAUUUUCUUUCUUGUUAAGUAAAUUGUUCUUCGAACCAGAGGACUUUCAAGAGAGAGAUCUCAGAGUCAGUUUUUUCUGGAACCGAGCUUCUCGUCUUCAAUGUCUUCACCUGCAGAGUUCUAUCAUUCACUUCCACCUAUUAGCAAAGCUUAUGGGACCCUCUGUUUGUUGUUCACGACAGCAUUUCAAUUUGGGCUAUAUCAUCCUGCAGAUAUUGCAUUGAUAUACCAACUAGUGUUCACACGUUUUCAGGUAUGGAGGCUGUUCACAAAUUUCUUUUUCCUUGGCAAAUUCUCUAUCAAUUUUGGGAUUCGCCUCUUAAUGAUUGCAAGAUAUGGAGUACAACUGGAGAAUGGACCAUUUCAACAGCGUACGGCAGAUUUCUUGUGGAUGAUGAUAUUUGGAGCCCUGACAUUAUUGGUAUUAUCUGCCAUCCCCUUGUUUUGGUCCCCCUUCUUGGGGGUAUCACUGGUUUUCAUGCUUCUCUAUGUCUGGAGUAGAGAAUUCCCAAAUGCUAAUAUCAACAUAUAUGGCCUUGUGACCCUUAAGGCGUUUUAUUUACCUUGGGCUAUGCUUGCUUUGGAUGUUAUUUUUGGUUCACCUCUUCUGCCAGAUCUUUUGGGAAUUGUCGCAGGACAUCUAUAUUAUUUCUUGACCGUGUUGCAUCCGCUUGCUGGUGGGAAGUACAUAUUGAAGACUCCAAUUUGGGUACAUAAACUAGUUGCGAGAUGGGGAAUUGGAGCUCCAACAAAUAAUCGUGCUCAACCUGAAGGGCCUGGAGGCGUGGCUUUCCGUGGAAGAUCACAUCGACUAAGCAGGUGAUACUGCAGUUGUCACACUUUUACAUAAUGGGACAUUCAUUAGUAUUUCAAGCUUCUCAUCAUAUUUUCUAGAAAGGCCACUAACAGUAGUGGAAGUGUUUGACGACGGUGCAGUAGAUGGAUCUCACAAUUGGGAACCUAAAGUUUAGCUCUGAAGCUGUUUUCUUAAUCACUUGGCAUAUCUAUAUUGUUCACAAACAAUUGAUGUAAAGUGAUUGCAGUCCAUGUGUUUGCAAAUUUUCAUGCAAUUUUUUCUUCUUCUUUUAAUUCAAGUGAUAAAUUUGAGUCA